UCUGACGCCCCACGCCGGCUCCGCCUCAGGCCCAGAGCGCGGGAAGAAGAAGGAGAAAGGCCAGGAGGAGGAGGAGGAGGAGAGGCCGGGGGCCUCCGUGUCGCGGACUAUACGCUUUCACUGCAGGUCACUGAAUCUGGAAUUGCACUGCGUUUACCUCUACCUCAAAUCACUGGCACCGAUUAGGAAACCGCCCAUUUGGAGAUUUCGUCGAGGGGCUGCUGACGGAAGAAAACAUAAAGAAUAUGCCUUUGUCACAAAAGCCAAUGAGAUACGGCCACACAGAAGGUCACACAGAUGUUUGCUUUGAUGACAUUGGGAGCUGUAUUGUAACAUGCGGCAGUGAUGGAGAUGUCAGGAUUUGGGAAAGCCUGGACGACAAUGACCCCAAGUCAAUUAACGUGGGAGAAAAGGCCUACUCGUUUGCUCUCAAGAAUGGAAGAUUGAUUACGGCAGUCUCUAACAAUACUGUCCAGAUCCAUACAUUCCCAGAGGGUGCUCCAGAUGGUAUCCUGACACGCUUCACAAUGAAUGCAAACCAUGUAGUUUUCAGUGCUGAUGGGAGCAAAGUAGCUGCUGGAUCCAGUGACUUCCUGGUGAAGAUUGUGGAAGUAACUGACAGCAGCCAGCAAAAGACAUUUCGGGGACAUGACGCACCUGUUUUAAGUGUGUCAUUCGAUCCAAAGAACACUUUUCUGGCAUCGGCAAGCUGUGACGGAUCAGUCAGAGUGUGGAAAAUUUCAGAGCAGAGUUGUGAGACAAACUGGCCAUUGCUGCAGAAGUGUAAUGAUGUGGUGAAUGCAAAAACAAUAUGUAGACAUGCGUGGCAACCCAAAACAGGAAAGUUGCUUGCUGUUCCAGUAGAGAAAGUGGUUAAACUAUACAGACGAGAAACCUGGGAUCAUCAACUAGAUCUGUUGGAUAAGUCCGUCACACAGCCCUUCAAUGUUGUAGCCUGGUCUCCGUGUGGACAGUAUCUGGCAGCAGGAAGUGUUGGUGGCUGGAUAGUCAUUUGGAAUGUGGACACCCAGGAGUGCUUGGAGAGGGUGAAGCAUGACAAAAGUUACACCAUCUGUGGUCUGGCUUGGCACCCAAAAGGCGGGCAGGUUGCUUAUACGGACAUGGAAGGCAAUCUGGGACUACUUGAGAACGUCUGUGAUGUAGAUGGAAAGAAAUCAAACCACAAGGCAUCUGUUCCUGGUGUCAAAGAUUACGACGAACUUUUUGAUGAGGAUGACGGCGAAGACUUCCUGAACAGAGACUCAGUUGGGGACGACUGGGGUCCCAAAGCUGCGAGGAAUGAUGAAGAUGACGACGACGACCCCAUGAUGGCAUCGGGCCGUCCCAGAAACCGAGGGGCAAUAAUAGAGGAUGAUGAGAACUCCCUAGAUACUGGAUUGCUGAAAGCUAACUCUGCCCUUGAUAAGGAGGAAGAAGAGGACGACCAGGAAAGCCUUGCCCCGCUGCUGCCACUAUCAUCAACCCAGAGGCCUUUCUACGAUGGGCCAGUGCCAACUCCUCAGCAAAAGCCCUUCCAGCCUGGCUCCACUCCGGUUCAUCUCACUCACCGCUUCAUGGUGUGGAACUCUAUUGGUAUUAUUCGCUGCUAUAAUGAUGAGCAGGACAACGCCAUUGAUGUGGAAUUCCAUGACACGGCCGUCCAUCACGCAAUGCACUUGCCAAAUUCUUUGAAUCACACAAUGGCAGCCCUUUCCAGUGAAGCUAUUUUGCUAGCCUGCGAGAGCACAGAGGAGCUGGCGAGCAAGCUUCACUGCAUACAUUUUAACUCCUGGGAUUACAAGGAGUGGACAGUUGACAUGUUGCAGAAUGAAGAGAUUGAAGCGGUUUGUUUGGGCCAGGGCUGGGCUGCGUGUGCCACAAGCACCCUUCUCCUCCGCCUCUUCACCAACGGGGGAGUUCAGAAAGACAUCUUCAGCCUCCCUGGCCCUGUGGUGUCCAUGGCGGGACACGGAGAGCAGCUGUUGGUGGCUUUUCACAAAGGUACUGGCUUUGAAGGGGAUCAGUGUCUUGGGGUGCAGCUGCUAGAGCUGGGAAGGAAGAAGAGGCAGCUUUUGCACGGUGACCCACUUCCUCUUUCCAGGAAAUCCUAUCUCACAUGGCUAGGAUUUUCAGCAGAAGGUACCCCUUGUUACGCGGAUUCAGAGGGCGUCGUGCGCAUGCUAAACCGAGGACUUGGUAAUACCUGGACCCCAGUCUGUGACACAAGGGAGCACUGUAAAGGGAAGUCAGAUCACUACUGGAUUGUGGGCAUUCAUGAAAACCCACAGCAGCUCAGAUGCAUCCCUUGUAAAGGAGCCCGUUUCCCCGCUACCCUUCCCCGUCCUGCAGUAGCAGUGCUGCCAUUCAAGCUUCCUUUUUGUCAGACAGCAACAGAUAAGGGCCAGAUGGAGGAGCAAUUUUGGCGCUCUGUCUUGUUUCACCGCUACCUGGACUACUUAUCCCAAAAUGGAUAUGAACACGAUGAAAGUGUGAAAAGCCAGGCAACCCAAGAACAGCAGAAUCUCUUGAUGAAAAUGUUUGCGCUUUCCUGCACCCUGGAACGGGAGUUUCGCUGCAUGGAACUUGCUGAGCUUAUGACUCAGAAUGCCAGGAGCUUAGCUAUCAAGUACGCCUCUCGCUCUCGGAGGCUGAAUCUCGCCCAGCGGCUCAGUGAACUGACAGCAGAGAGAGCAGCUGAGUUGGCAGCUGCUGAAGAGCACGGCAUGCAAGAGGAAGAGGAGGAGGAAGAGGAUUUCCGAAACCAUCUGAAUGCUGGUUACAGUAGCACCCCCACAGAAUCAGGUCAGGCCCGGAUCAGAAACCUUCAACGUCAGCAAAGUAUGGAGACCUACGAGGAAGAGGAGCAGGAGAAGGAGGAGGAGGAGGAGGAAGGCACAUCUGAAGUGACAAAACCUAGGCCUCCGCCAAUCUCUGAAAAGGUGUCUACUCCCAAAUCUGUAACAAAAGCUGCAGUUGUUUCCAGCAGUCAAAAGCGAGUCAAUCCCUUCAAGGUAUCCAGUAGCCAAAAGGAUCAACUGGUUCAGCUGGCUAAUAUCAUAGACAACAUGACCAAACAGGGCAAGAAAAAUUCCAUGCCAAACAGCCGAGUUGCUCCAAACAAGAAGAGUCCAGUUAUAAAACCGCUGGUUCCUAAGCCGAAGUCAAAGCAGGCUGCAGCAGCUGCAUUUUUCCAACCCCGAAAACCUAGCACUGAAAAGAAGAACAUAGAUGAGAGAGGAGGGGGAACUGAAGCACCCCCACCUGAACCACCUCAAACGCCGACUGAGAGCAGUGACAAUAAAAGGCCAAAGACUGGGUUCCAGAUGUGGCUAGACGAGAACAGAAGCUGCAUUGGGGCAGAUAAUCCUCAUUUUGAAGAAACUGAGAUAAUAAAAGAAGGCAUGAGUCGAUUCAGAAAUCUGUCUGCUGAAGAAAGGAUGGUUUGGACCGAGAAAGCCAAAGGAAAAGAAGCUGGCGAUUCGUCGGAAGGGAAAAAGCGGAAGCGCUUGGAAGUUGUUAACAGUGAUGGGCAAGAAGGCCAGGGGAAAAAAUCAAAGGAGGACACAAGCUCGGUCACAAAACCCAGUUCCAUUCAGGAGUCUGCCAUCGCAAAGCUAUCAGCAUUUGCCUUCAAGCAGAGAUAAACCCGCUUGUUCUUUCCUAAGGGUACCUUAUGGGUUAACUUUAACCUAUUGUUUGAACCAGCCUCCAAACAGGUGUUGCCCUUUUUAUGUCAUGCCACACAUUUAGUUGGUCCCAGUAAGCCAAAUCCAAAUAUUCCUGCCAUGAGACCUGUUAUUUCAAUAGUGCACCGUGUUUCCUUUGGGACUGCACCAUGGCAGUAGAAAGCAGAUAUGGCCAAGGAGAAAAGAGAGAGAGUCCAUUCCAUAGAUGUCCACUGUUCCCGCUUGACACUGUUCUUCUGACCUUCUGUUUUCCACUACUUCUUUGUUGCUUUUCCUUUUUAAGUUACAGAAUGCGUGAACGCCUUGGUUAGGCUCUGGCACUUUGGGGGUUUGCCUGUCUUGCAGCAACAGCCUAGUGAGCUUUUGACUUGACUCACCGUGUGCUGAUAGGUGAGUGGAGAACAGUGGAGCCAUCAUGCAGCCCCAUUUCCCACCCAGCCGUGUUGAAGAAGAAUCUUUCACCCCACACCCACCUGGUUUGUGUAACUUUCCCCCAAUCUACGUAGGAAAGGAAUGUAGGAGUGACUUGUCUCUGAGGCCGGGGUAGCAAGCGCAGUGCCCUCAAAAUGUUGCUGGACUCCCCAUUGGCCCCAUCCAGCCUAGCCAGUGAUCGGGGCUGAUGGGUGUUGUAGUCCAACAACUUCUGGAGGGCGUCACAUUAAAUACUCCUACCUUAGGCAUGUGGCCAUCAUCGCGUAUAUCAGAGUUCUGCAUAGCAAAUGUUUUUCUUCCAAAUGCUGGAAUUUUUGUAUUUUUAUGUAAUGGUUCUGCUAAAUAAAGUGGUGACAUUUGUAUA